AUGUGUUUUGAAGCCAACUGUGGUGCCGUAGAAGACGGCAUGACGGCAUUAUCUGUUCGAGGCACCAGAAUAAUUGAGAGGGAGCCACCAACCACCAAAUUUGAUGACGACAUCUGUCAAUCAAAUAAAACGGCAAGUUUGUUGACAGAGCCCAUUCUUUGGUCAAAAAGGUUCUUUCCGGACAAAAUGGCGCCGAUGACAGCACUGCCAGAUUUCGGUCUCAACACGGACGACAUUCGAUACUUCAAAAUGGAUUCUAUUAUUAGAGGAAAGGGACCUGAUCGACUGAAGUUCCUUGAUCUGGAAGUGCCAGAAAGGAAACCAGUGGCGACCUUUAAGAUGCCUGUUGCCGUUGUGAUGGACGAUGAAGUGCCGCCAAGUCCAAGAGAACCUAUGCCACAUCGCAGUGCUGGAUACGGUCCCGCUCAUCAGAAACGCAAGCUGCAAAUACCGGAUCGUAGCCGCAGUACGUCGCCAAUGCGUGCCGAGUCACCAUUGCAGUCGUACGACAAAUACGCAAAGUAUGAACGGCAUAGAACAGGUGAUCAACAUGACAACCAAACAAACGUUGAAAUGCCUGGCUGGUGCGGUUUGAUAUGGCACCUGGCCGAAGAGAAAUUCACACUCAUACGGAUUCCACAACUCGCUAUGGAACACAGUGGAACGGAUCUGGCUUCUCCUCCCCACAGAGAAGUACUACCGACGCGCGUCCACCACAUCGAACACCUUCGUCGCUGGUCAUUGAGUGGAAAGAGCAUGCCUUACAUAUCAGCUGCUUUCAACCACUUGGAGCGCUUGAACGACGCCCAGAAGCCAAUCCGGGACAUCACUGAAGAGCCGAUAAAUGCACUAGGAAUGGUUGGUUGGACACCAUCUUCAGAACCAACGAAAGUGCCAGAAAGGAAACCAGUGGCGACCUUUAAGAUGCCUGUUGCCGUUGUGCUGGACGAUGAAGUGCCGCCAAGUCCAAGAGAACCUAUGCCACAUCGCAGUGCUGGAUACGGUCCCGCUCAUCAGAAACGCAAGCUGCAAAUACCGGAUCGUAGCCGCAGUACGUCGCCAAUGCGUGCCGAGUCACCAUUGCAGUCGUACGACAAAUACGCAAAGUAUGAACGGCAUAGAACAGGUGAUCAACAUGACAACCAAACAAACGUUGAAAUGCCUGGCUGGUGCGAUUCCACAACUCGCUAUGGAACACAGUGGAACGGAUCUGGCUUCUCCUCCCCACAGAGAAGUACUACCGACGCGCGUCCACCACAUCGAACACCUUCGUUAAGCCCAAGGAUUCCUGUUCCCAUAGACAGGUCUAUUAAAGGCAAGGAUAGCUCCAUAAAGGUUCCAGAUUUACUUCGCAUGUAA